AGGAACGACAAAAAAAAUACAAGAAAGAAAUCAUGUGGAAAUCAUCUAGUUCACGCCUAUUCCAUUUCGUCGGAAUAUUACGAAAGCAAUGAUGUAUAAUGACGAUUGUUAUUUAGUAAAUUUCGAUAAAGUUACCUGGAAUAGUAUUCGGCAAGCAUAUGCUUAAGUACGGUCCUAACAAAAUGUUUUACCUGUGAUUUAUUACGUUCAUCAUGACUACAAUGAAGAAUCCUAAUCCGUCAUCUUCAAAACUUGCACUUCUGAGCCAUAUCAAGUACGAACACCUGGUAGCUGGGAUAUCAGGUGGCGUCACAUCAACAUUAAUUUUGCAUCCUUUGGACCUUAUUAAAAUUCGUUUCGCAGUUAAUGAUGGAAGAACUGCAACUGUUCCACGUUACGAUGGCUUGGGCAGCGCUUUUGUAACGAUCGUGAAAAACGAAGGCGUGCGCGGCUUGUAUCGAGGCGUUACUCCGAACGUGUGGGGCUCCGGGUCCGCUUGGGGGUUUUACUUUUUAUUUUAUAAUGCAAUAAAGACAUGGAUCCAAGGAGGGAAUGCCCGCACGCCGCUCGGCCCAGGUCUUCACAUGCUUGCCGCUGCCCAAGCUGGUAUACUCUCCCUGGUGAUGACUAAUCCUAUCUGGGUUGUGAAGACCAGGUUGUGUCUCCAGUACAGCGAGGAGCACAGCUUAGCUGAGCACAAGAGAUAUAGGGGCAUGGUUGACGGCCUGUCGAAGAUCUACAGGACAGAGGGCAUCAGGGGAUUAUACAGGGGCUUCAUUCCGGGUAUGUUCGGCGUUUCGCAUGGCGCUUUGCAGUUCAUGACAUACGAGGAGAUGAAGAAUAGGUACAAUCAGUACAGAAACCUACCUAUUGAUAUUAAAUUGAGCUCGGUGGAGUACCUGACGUUCGCGGCGGUGUCCAAGCUGCUGGCGGCGGGCGCCACGUACCCGUACCAGGUGGUGCGCGCGCGCCUGCAGGACCAGCACCGCAGCUACGCCGGCGCCUGGCACUGCGUCACCGAGACCUGGAGGCACGAGGGAUGGCGGGGCUUCUACAAGGGUCUCAAACCGAACUUGAUACGUGUGGUCCCAGCAACAAUGAUCACAUUCUUAACAUAUGAAAAUGUGUCGCAUUUUAUGCUUCAGCGUAGACAGGAAUUAAAAUUACCCUCUUAAGGCUUAGUGACACAUAAAUGACCUUAAAUCAGUGGGUUUUUAACUGACUUGAACCAUAAGGGGACGGACGUGUUCUAUGUUCUACGCGUUCUUCGAAUUGUAUGCUUCUGUAUAUUGUUCAAUAUAUUUAGUUUUUUAGUAUAAUGACAGUCAGUACACAGUCAGUACUGUACGUUUUGUAUUUAUACAAUUUUCGAUGUUCAUGGUUUUUGCGUUAUAAGGUUAUGCUUGAAAAUAAUUACAUAAUACAAAUAUUUAUUAAAGUUUCAAACUUAGUUUAAUCAUUAACAAAAGUAUAACAUAAAAUAUAAAUGAAUACCAUUGACGCAUGUUUUAAUCUGUAUAGGAAAGCGAUUUUGGAAACGUAAGAAAUUGUUAUUGCUUCUUUCAAUGUCUUUGUCUAAUAAACAAAGUUGAUUUGUAACUAACAGAGAGACACCAUUUUUCAAAAGAAUUCGUUUUUUCGGAGCUAAUAUCAUACAGUAAAUAACUCCGAUUAUUUCUAUACUAAAUCCAUAUUUUAAAAGAAUAGCUUUCUUAUUUAAACGUUUUUGAUUUUAAUAAAUGGUUGAAAUAAGUUAAUUUAUAAUCCACGUGUCUGACGCACGAACGCACGUGUUUUAGGAUUAAGACAGUACCAAAAAUUUUAAAUGCACAUUUAGUUUUAAG